UUCUGAAUUUUUUUUUUCUUUUUUUCUUUUUUUUUUUUUUUUUUUUUGCAUCCCUCGCUCACGUGUUUACGUGAACGCAAAUGGAAGCUACUUUCAUUCGACUGUUUUCUUAUGUUCUGUCCCUGUUUUCUGCAUUUCUGAUUCUCUUUAUUUGUGGCUUCACCAUGGCAUUCGAAAUGCAAUAUCAUCGAAAGGCAAAAAGUCUGUUUAGAGAGAGAGUUUUUCAUACGACAAGAGAAUUCUAGGACUGCCUCACUUGUCUCUGGUGUGUGGCCUUUCACUCGGUGGAGGAGAAACUGUGCUAUUGUCGAGUUCACUAAAGAAUUGUAGACUGGAAGAGGAGAAAGACUGUAGAUCUGGUCAUGGCAUUAGGAUGUUUUAGCAGGGCCUUGAUAAUGCAAAGCAUGUACGUGCCAAUGAAACGAUUUUUAAACACAAGAAUUAUGGAAUUAAUUUAUGUUCAUUUAAAUUGCACCAAACAGGGAAUUUCUUCGAGUCUGGCUAUGUCCCGAGCUCCUCUACAAAUGGCGGCUGUCCUGGAAUGGGCACUUGGGCAACGCAGCCAGCAGCACUUCUCCGCACAAAAAUCGCCAACUGUAAGGGCAGCAGCUGGAGAUAAGAGCUCGCUAUCGUUUUGCAGGCGGAGAAUCAGCAUUGCGAUUUGCAUCGCGACUCUGGCACCGAGGAUUGAGGUAGCUUUUGCUCGGGGAAGGAACAAAAAGGUGAUUCCCAUCGAAGACUACAAAACCACUGCUGACGGUCUAAAGUAUUACGACGUUCUCGAAGGCAGUGGUCCUGUUGCUGUCAAAGGCGAGACUGUAGUAGUUCACUUUGAUUGCUUGUACCGUGGAAUAGACGCCGUCUCUAGUCGAGAAGCAAAACUCCUGGGUGGGAAUCGAAUUAUAGCUCAGCCUUACGAGCUUAUCGUAGGAUCUGUUCCCGGCAGAGAACGAAAGCGAGAGUUUGUAGACAAUGCCAAUGGCCUCUUCUCGGCCCAGGCCUCGCCAAAGCCGCCUCCGGCGCUCUACACAGUCGUCGAAGGCAUGCGUGUCGGAGGCAAGAGAACUGUGAUCGUCACCCCUGAUGUCGGCUAUGGAGAUAGAGGGAUGAACGAAAUUCCUCCAAAAGCCACAUUUGACAUGAGCGUAGAGUUGCUGGAGCUGAAAAAGUAGGCGCUACAAAUAAGUCAACCAAGGAACUAUUCUAAAGCAAGUAAUACGUUCACAAGUAACGAUCAAGGUAGGCGUCCA